CAACAACAAACAAACAUUAAAAGUGAAACAAGAAUCACCAUCGAUAAUGUAACUGUGAUGUGUGUGUUGUGCAAUCUUUUAUGAAUUAAGUUAAGUUGCAACAGGUGAUGUACAGUACUUGUACAUGAUGACAUAAUCGGAACACUUCUAAAAUGGCCACAGGAGGUGUUGAGCACGGUUGUCAACAGUGGGCGUUGCAUCACAAGAACAACUACUUGGAACAGAGCGAUGAGAUGCUAGCUUUGGAAUCAAUAUAUGGACCUGGUGAGGGAGUGGUAGGAUUAAAUGUUCUUUGUCGUCCAGAAACAGAUGUGGAUGAUAACCCAACAGAUGGAGUCUAUUCUAUACAGGUAGCCAUUCCUGUUGAUAACUCUGGUAGAACAGUGACAGUGGACAUAUGUAUGCCAUCUAAAGAGCUGGAGAAAGAUGUUGACCCCGCUGUCUUCAGAAGAUCUGACUCUGGAAUGAGGAUUAUUGCUUCUUUAAAUGUCAAGUAUUUAUACCCAAUCAGCUUAACUUUUGUGCUCCCCCAUGAAUACCCUAGUAGUGCCCCUCCAAAGUUUACCAUGUCUUGUCCUUGGUUGAUCUCACCCCAGAUGACCUCAUUGUGUGAAAUGAUGGACAGGUUGUGGGAGGAGUCAAUGUCCAUGCCAAUUCUGUUUACAUGGAUCACCUGGCUACAAGAGAAUGUCACAGAACACCUAGGUCUGAGAGAUAAAGUAUUGCUGCAAGAUGAUUUUGAGGAUGGGGACACCCGAGUUAUAUCUGACUAUAUGCAAAUAGAGGAAGCUGUCACAAGUAUCAUGAGGUAUGACCAGCAUCGAGAUGAGGAGGAAUUUCAACAGAAUGAACAGGAGUGUGGGAUAUGUUUUGAUCAGCAGACAGGGACCAGUUUUCUGAGGUUAAAGCCCUGUAAACAUCAUUUCUGUCAGACCUGUGUGAAUGAGCAUUGCAGAACACACAUUAAGGAUGGCAACGUCUUAAAUCUUCUGUGUCCAGAAACUGACUGUAAAUCAGAAAUCCCCCCAUUUGUAGUGUUGUCUAACCUUACUGAUGAGGAGCGUGAAAGAUAUGAAACACUCUCGUUAAGGAAAGGACUGGAUUGUAUGGGGGACAUUGUUUGGUGUCCCCGUUGUCACAACCCUGUCAUUCAGGAAAAGGAGGCUGAGCUUAAAUUGGGUCACUGUGUGGCGUGUGUUUACAGCUUCUGUACCGAGUGCCAGGAACCAUGGCACCAGGGAAAAUGUUAUGCAGAACUGGAAGAAAAUGAGAAGGAAUUGCCUAUGACCGAAAUUGAAAAGAAAAUUAAAGAUGAAAAACUAAGGAGAAUGGCCCGUAAACGUGAAGAAAAGCUCAGCCGUGACAUCAUAGCCAAAACUUCAAGACCAUGCCCAAACUGUAAACUGGACAUCUCAAAAAUGUCUGGAUGUAACAAGGUUACUUGCGUUUAUUGUAAUCACAGUAUGUGCUGGGCCUGUGGUAAAGAUAUUACAAGGGAGUCGUAUGAACAUUUUGGUGAAUGUGCUUUGACCACGAUUCCACAAACGUUUGAGGAAAACAACUUUUACAAUGAUGGUGGAGCAGUAGACAUACCUGUUAUGUUUAGACCUGUACAUCUACGAGAGAGAGUUCAAAAUCCGAUUUUUGCGAAGAUUGAAAUGACCCUGGCAGUAGAUCCAUCACAGAGAGAUAACUUACUGAGAUGUCCAUUCUGCAAGCAAAAAAAUCUCCGAAACAAUAACGAUAACAUCAUACGCUGCUGGAACUGCUCACGAAGUACUUGUUUUCAGUGCAAAAAGGCCAUCUCUGAAAACCCGAUCACUAAACAUUUCUCUCCUCCAAGUCUCUGCAAACAACAUUCGUCCUGACAGACAGCAUGUUAUAGCGGUGUAUACAUGAAGGACAUUUGAAAUAUUCUUCUGAGAACUGUUGGAUAAAAUAUUUAAAACUGCUAAAUGGAAGUGAAUGAGGCUGAUAUAAUUUGUAAGUGCCAGAAAUUUGGCACUAAUUUUAACAGAAAUCUAUUAUUUUAUGAUGUUACAACUCCAAAUAUGACAUCAGAAUUCUGAAUGUUUAGUACAAUAUUACCUGUCAGAUGUUGUUAAUCUGAAAUACUGAAUAUUGUAUUUUUUGUUCAGAUGAGAACACCAGAAAAGGGCCAGACUGUCAAAAGAUUUUUUUUUUUUUUUUUAAAAAUAACAUAUUUCAUUUUAUAGCUAUAAGGAGGGUUUAGGACUGGAAACUUUAUCAUAAACAUUCAUGUUAUUUAAGUGUUACUCAACUCUCUUGCACAGAGUAAGCUGUCUUUAAUACAUGAAAUUCUUUGAAACAUUGAUUGGUGUCAAAUGCUGUAUUGCCAGACACACGGUUAAUACUUUGGAGAAUGUUCAAGUAUCCAAUAGCCCUAUUGCAAGGAUGAUGAACAAAGGGUUCCACACUACCAAUUUUUUUAAGGUGCUGGAUCUGACCUACUUUUUUCAGAUGAAUGACUGGGAUAGCUUUGCUAGCAAUGUUGCUUUUCUUCCUUUGUUUUUAGCACAGAUCAACAGAGCUACAGUCUCAUCACAGACAUGGUUUAAUUUAUUCAGCCCACUAAAUUAACACAAAAAUUAAUUCCCUAACUUCAGUUCACAGGAACAACACAUGUCAAAGCUUGCGAUGAUGUAGAACUGUUUGUGUAAAUUAAUGUUCUAGAGUAUAUACUGUAGAUUAAAUCGAGAAUUUGCCCAAGAAUACGAAAAUAACAAAAGAAAAAACGAACAAAUAAGUGAGUGGGAUUAUCUAACUUUGUUUUCACUGGAAAUUAUUCAUUUAAUAUUAACAUUUUUAAACAGCUUUAAUGUUUUAACAUGUUCUUAUUGGGGUUUUCAUCCUUGUGACUGCAGUGUUGAUUUUUUUUAAUGUAUAUUGUUCUUUAUUUAUGACCGUUAUAUUUAUACUGACUGUUAGGUUAAGAAAUCCCUCCAGAAUUUUUUAUCAUAUACUAUCUAUUUUUACAUCCAUUCUUUACUCUUAUUUUCAAUUAUUUUGUUUUCUUUUAUAUUUGUCACGCAACAAAGGUAAAUGUGUAUUUUAUAGUUGAAAGUAAAUAUGUGGAAACGGACUAACAUAAGCUUUGGUAUCCAUAGUUUCACCUAACUGCAUGAAAAAUGGAGAUAACAAAUAGUAAUCGAGCUCAACACAUCGGGAGCAGAGUAACAUGGACCUCCAAAGGCACCAGAGGGGAUCAGGUGCCAUGGAGGAGUGAGCAUCCCCUACAAACCAGUCACACCUGCCAUGUACUCCUUGUCGUGAUCGAGGGAAAAUCCGUUUCAGGGUGCAAAUAAUAGCCUAACAAUUAUUAUGAAGUUGAACAAGAUGAAAGUUUGUGAAAUAAUCGUGUUUCCGAGUGGCAGCUGUUGCCAAAGAUUAAAGUUUUUCAAAUGCAGGUCAAGCUACGAGGUCUAGAGAUGCAAAAUGUUAUCUUAAAAAAAGGACUUGUGAAAUAUGA